AUGCAUUGUAUUUUUAUUAUACAGAUCAAUAUUGCCUACCCGGCCACUGGUGCUCAGAAGAUGGUUGAAAUCGAUGACGAGCGCAAGCUCCGCAUCUUUUAUGACAAGCGCAUGGCUACCGAGGUCAGUGGAGAUGGACUUGGCGAUGAGUUCAAGGGAUACAUCUUCAAGAUCACUGGUGGAAACGACAAGCAAGGUUUCCCUAUGAAGCAGGGUGUUCUUCUCCCUCACCGUGUCCGUCUUUUGCUCUCUGACGGUCACUCUUGCUAUCGUUCCCGCCGUACCGGUGAGCGUAAGCGCAAGUCGGUUCGCGGAUGCAUUGUUGGAUCUGAUAUUUCUGCACUUUCUCUUGUUGUCGUGAAACAGGGCGAGCAGGAUAUCCCAGGUCUCACUGACGUUGCUAUCCCCAAGCGUCUUGGUCCCAAGCGUGCCAACAACAUCCGCAAGAUGUUCAACUUGACCAAGGAGGAUGAUGUUCGCAAGUAUGUUAUUCGCCGUGAUGUUGUGUCCAAGAAGGAUGCCACCAAGAUUAGAUCCAAGGCACCCAAGAUCCAGCGUCUUGUGACACCACUUACUCUUCAGCGUAAGCGCAACCUCAAAGCAGUCAAGCGCCGUAAUGCCGAGUCCUCCAGAGAGGCAGCAGCUAAUUACACCCAACUUCUUGCUCUACGCAUUAAGGAGAAGAAGGAGAAGCGUCAUGAAAUCCAUGUCAAGAGACGCCUGUCGUCGACUCGCAAGUCGACCUCGUCUGCCAAGGAAUAAGCUUGUUGCUGUUAUUCAGAAUUUGUUUUGCAGUACCAUAUAUUCUUUUCUCAACAACAAUGAUUCUUUAAACC